AAAGCGGUCGAAUAGUGAAAAGCAUUUGAAAAGGAGCCAACUCCACGGAUUCCGCCUUCUUUUUUGUUCCCGUGAUCUUUUAAUUGUGCAAUCCAAAUAACAUGUUGCUGCUGCACUGCCUGGCGUGGGGCAUCGUGAUGGCAUCGGUGGCAUCCGGACAGCCACACGCCCGUGCCAGCGAUCUCUACUAUACGGACAUAACGCCGGUGACGGAUGAUACGCGCUACACCACGCUGAAUCCGGACACCCAGCUGACCGAGAUGAACAAGGUGAAGCACUCCAAGGGCAACAUUGUCUUCACCGCGGGAGAUCGGGCAUCGGGUGACCGACUGAUUGUGAAUCACUACGAUGGCGAGAGCUUGCCCAGUGCCAAGGAUGUGGAGGUGCUGAUGAGCUAUCCGGCCGGGGCCAGCACCGGCGUCACGCUCACCAGCAUCGAGGUGUAUGUGGACAUGUCGGCGGACGAUGCCGGUGGCUAUCUGACCAAGGGCGGCAUCGGCCAGACCAACGUCGAGAUUCUGCUGACCUCCAAUUCGACGCGCAGCUUCGUCUACGAGACGUUCAUCUAUGGGUACUAGACCAGCACCACGAGAUCCUCGCCCCAGAACUUUCAGCUACAAUAAACAGAUUCGCUUGGAACCCAACUGUGAUCAUGAACUCCAGACCCUGCCCCUGCUCCUGCCCCAUCCUGCCGAGAGUAUUAUUAGUCGUAGACGUACAUUAAAGAAACAGAUGCCAAACAGACUACUCUGCCAAUCCUUUUACUUAACCAAGCCAUUGCAGCA